UCGAUAAAUUGAAUGCACCAUGAGACAAUUGAAACAAUGAACAAUGCUAGAGUCGGGUUAUAAACCGAUGCUGAUCGGAAGUGACACAGCAUUUGCAAUCAGUUACUCGAGUAGAUUAGGUUCAGUACCUUCCACCAGUGCAAAAUGUUCACAACUUUGAAACUCCUGAUGCUGUUACUGUUCCUCGCGGCUGUCCUCGGCUAUCCGCAAGCACUGCCAGGCGAGGAUGAUCAACCCCAGCAUCCCCACCAUCAUCCAUCGGAGAAAAAGGACCGCGAAGAGCUGGAUUCCACCGACAACACCCCACCGGAGGUGGAACUGGUUGACACCAGCCAACAGCCGGGAAAAGAACCGAUUGUGCCGAGAAUUUUCAACACCCCACCCGAGCUGGAAGCGAACCUGCAGCCAAAAUUUGGACCUAUCCUUCCGGAAGAUGUAAAGUUGCCGCCAAGGGAGGAGCUGGUGCGAUCCCAGAGACAAAUUUACUCCUACUACUACCCGUACUACUACUACUACCCGAGAUACCGGUGGAAUCCGUACUAUAGCUACUACUACUGGUGGCUGUGAAGAGUGAGGGGAAAGUUAGUGCACAUUGCACAGAUUAAUAGUGAAUAGUUCAAAACGGUUUUUUUUAGUGUUAAACACGUGCUUUCUAGUGUAGUGACUUCAACAAGAAAAGUGACGAACCCGUGAAAUCGUUCGGAUGUGUCAUUUUGUACUAGUGUAGAUGAUCAUGCCAAGGAAAAUUGCGUAGAGAAAAUAAAUAUGUUUUUGGUAUUCCAACAAAGGUCAUUAUCGAUUGAAGAUGGUUAUAAUACAACGUCAAUUGGGGUGAGUCGGAAAAGUAGAGUGACUAUGGAAAAAGAUCACUGUUAUGUUUUCUUUCCAGCGGAGUCCAGAUAAGGAGUUCAACAAGUGAUAGUUCUUUCCUUCUCAUUAUUAGAGGGGUAGAAUCCAGAUCACAAGUGUUGUUAAUUCAAACCAGCGAUUGAAAUCUCCAGCUCUAGCACAGAGCCGCAUCCAAAAGUGUAUGAAAUCCUAUAUUUGGUCUAAAAGUACAAAGGUGACUUAUGAUUUUGAAUUUUUAGAAAACUUUAGGUUCAACCAAAACUUACGAAACUUUCAAAUUAUUUUUGACUGUAUCUCAAGUUUGGAAAAAUUUAAAUCAAUCAUUUUGUUUGUGGAAUAUUUUAGAGAAAUAUUCAUAAAAAACUUAGUGUGUGAUUGUUUCCAUUUUGAAUUCGCUUGCUCCAAUGAGACUUUGUACAAACUCUUCGUUUCACAGACUUAAGACUUUUUCAAAAAAGGAGGCUUGACAAGAUUGAAAAAAAAACUGUAAUGAAUCGUUCUAUAAGGAAUUGUUCUAAAAUGCUGAUCUGAAACCAUCCCAAACAUUGUCACCCUAUUAAAAAAAAACGUUACUUAAUCCACCUUAGAUUUUUUUUAUUUUUUUUUUUCAUUUGAUUUUUUUUUAAAUUAUUGAUUUUACUUGAACAGCAAUUUUCUAUUAUUUUUAUUACCAACUCUUCAAAAUAAAGGUGAAAAGUCUCAUGAGUUAUAUAUUUCAUUAAAAAGUUCGUGUAAAUCUUUGUCGAGACAAAAUGAUGCAGUAGCGUGUCCCAAAAAAACACGAAGUCGAGGAAUUCAAUGUGCUCAGUUCUCAAAUGAUAGAAAAUCAUGUUAGAAACAACUCUCUCAUACAUGAAAACUUUCGGAAAAAUCGUUUCCCACGUUCCCUGGGCAUUUUUUUGAAAAAAGUCAGUUUUUUCGACAAUUUCACAAAAUCUGCUUAGAAAAAAUGGAAAAUUUUAAAAUUUCAAAUAGCCUAUACAAUUAAAUGAUGGUCUGUGGUCCAAUAAACAAGUUAAUGUAUCGAUUUGGCCUUUUAAAACCUUGUUUUCACUUUCCCGGUAGCUUUUAUGUCGAAAAAUACGAGUUUUUGCUUUACUUUUUUUCAAUCUUUUCCCUCGGUAUUGAACACAAAAAUUUCCUCAUAUGUGAAAAUACAUGCAUCUUGUAGGAAAUUUUCCGCCGAAGAUUUUCGUCUAAGCAACUUUGAAGUUUCAUCAACUCUGAGCUGAGAUAUUCCAGUUUUUGUGAAGAAAGAAUAUUGAA